AUGUCAUCCGAGACCUUUGCUUUCAACCGUCGCCGUGCGCGCGACGAGCUCAAUGCUCUGGCAGAAGAACACUUUAAACAUGACCUCCAGCCUGCCGAUCGGGACAAGCUCCAAUUGUCUGCUCAGAAGAUUGGCGUUCACACGACGCUGGGUUCGUUGAUCGGUAUUGGUCUCAGUACCUACUUUGCAUUCCGUCUCAGGAAGGGCCGGCUGCAGUUGUUCGAGGCGCUCAAGACCAAGGAGAAGCCUACUGCAGUGCAGUUUGCUGACGGAAGAACUGAACCUCUUCCCGACCUGACACCCAUGUUCCAGCCCUCAGCCGCUGGUGACUUUGCUACUUUUUUCCUCUUUGGCGCAGGAGGUCUGUUCCUCGGUGGGGAGACCGGAUUCUUGACGGGUACGUACUCGGCCGGCCGAACCUUGUCAAAGGAUGCGGAGUCGAGGGCCCGCAUCGAGAACGCAUUUCGCAAGUUCAGAGCCGAUGUGCUCCGGAGAGAAGCAGACCAAUUAGACGGUGGUCAGAGCGCUUUGGAAAAGUUGUUCUAG